GUCUGUUCCCUCCUUCCCUAUGGAGGGGAGGAGAGGGGCUGUCCCCCCCCCACUUAGACCCAUCCCCAGCACCCGCAGCCGCAGCCAUCUCAGGGUCAGGUUUGGUCUUCAGGCGAUGAACCCCACUUUAAAAGUCCCUGAAGUGCUGCCCCCCCCCCCCAUUGCAUUUCAUGGGACCGUAGGCUCAGUGGGGGGGCCCUGUGCUCCCCAAACCGACCGUGAUGUCCCUCUGAGGUGUCCUGGACCCUCGAGGUGGCUUCCAGUCCCGGGGCGUUGGCAGGACAGAGAGCGAUUGAUGCACCGGGCGCUAUUUUGGGGGAGACAGAUGGGAGGUCCGAGUGCGCCGGCUUGGGAGAUCCGAAAUCUGCUCCUGGUUUUGCCACGCUCCUCUGGCAUGACCUUGGGAGGUGAACUUAAUCCCAUCAUCUCCUCUGUCUAUGUGUAGCCGGAAUAAAAAUACUUUCCUGUCUCUCUGGAGAAAGGAGCAGAUUCCUGGGAAGUCACCGUAAGCUGAUCCGGCUGCUCCCCAUGCCGGGACGAGCCAGCCAGGGUUUGCAUUGCAAACAGGCAGCAAAGAGGGGACCCCCAUCACCCUCGGCACGGCCACAGAGGCAGGAGGUUGUAUUCGGGAUCAGGCUUUUGCCCCCAAAACCCCGUGAAGGUGGGAAGCAAAGCAAAGAUGAAGAGAUUCAACCAAGGCCGCACAGCCCGGCGGUAGCAGAGCGGAAUGCAGCACGCCGGUCUCCCGUGCAUCUUCCCUAUUCGUGAAAAAACACGACAUGGCCAGGAGAAAAAUGUUUCUCUUUAAUGGUGCAAAGAGGAUUUUGCAAAUAAUGGAGUUAAACCGCCAAACUGGCAAGAAAGCCUGGUCAACUGGUUUUGGGUUUUCCCCCUUUUUUCAAGCAGGUUUUGGGACCCUCUGCCAGGUAUUUCCUCUCCCUUGCCCCGGCAGCAGAUGCUCUGAUGAAGCGAUUAAAGGAUCACCUGUGUUUCUGUUUGGGAUCGGGGUGCCGGAGCGAGCUGCGCUUGUGGCAGGGCUCAUCCCUGGCAGCUUUACGCAGGCUGGGGCCAAAUCGAUGCCAACUAACCUCUCCACGUCCUGCUCCCGUGCCGUUUGCAUCUCUUGAGCGACAUAAUCCAGGCUGGGAAGUGCCUGCUACGUGUCAGCAGCUCCAUUUUCUUCACCAAUGCAAAUUCCUGAGCCAGCUCCUGCCCCAGCAGGCUCGCCACGGCCAUGCGUCCAGGCUCAACGUAGCCCCUCGGUUUGUUGAUAAACUUUAUGAUCAGCCCCGAGCGGCCCCGGCUGCGCCUUUGGAAGGUGAGUUGGGCCGGUAGAUGAGUUUUCCCGGGAUUCAGCGGCCUCAGCCCUGGCUGCGGGGUUUUCCAGGCGUGAAGUUGACUCAACACUGUGGAUGAAGGACGCUGGGGAGCUGCCAUGUCUCCUCCAAAAGCCUCCCAGCAGAAAAAAACCUCUCAAAAAAGAUUUCACUGUCCUGCCGGUACAGAUGCCGCCAGCUUUCCCUUACAGCCCCGAUCUUCAGGAAUUUAACAGCUGGCUCUAAAACCAUGCUCAGCAAGGCUCUACAUCGGCUGGCUGCAGUCCUGUGCCCAGACCCGAAGCCCUACUGUGGCACCGCGCCGGCGGGGUUGCUGCAGGGCCAGAAGAAUGGGGGUGGAAAUGGGGUAGAAAUUAGAUUUACAUCGUUUUGCUGCUUAGCAGAAAGGUUUUAUUUCAGAGGUUGGGACUGGCCCGUUCGGCUCCUCUCCCACCAGAAGAAAACGCCUGGUUUUCUUUUUCCUCCUGGCUUGGCGGAGGGUGAGCUCGGGUACAGGGAUGCUUGCCAGGCAGCCCCGGGACGCGUGUCCUUGUCAGAGUUGGAUGGUUUUGAGGUCUGCUGGCGGCAAUGCAUCGCAUCUCAUCCCCUGCCUCAGUUUCCCCAUCAGUAAAUGCAGUAAAGUCUUAAAAGUGAUAAAGUUUAGAAGGAUAAAAAGGCAUUUUAAGAGAGAAGCUGAUUUGUGAGGAGGGAAAAAAACCUUGCAAACUGCUCGGCUGCGCUUCGGUCCAGGUCUCCACCACUGUGACACCUGGAAAUAUGCUUUGAAAAAUAAUUCCCUCUGUUGACAUCAUUUCCAGCCUGAUCCUUCCGCUCCGAACGUAGUGAAAAAAAUCACGCGAGCUGGCAAGACCGCAGCAAGGGAUGCUUGGGGCUGCGUUGUUACCCUAACGCUUCAUUUCCAGGGAGUGGGACCACGACCCGGACCUGUCCCCCUUUGCAUCGGACACAGCUUUGCUGGGAGGUGUCGGCGUGUCUGUACCUCCACGUGUAUUUGCACACUUGCCCCGUUGGGGUGCGAGCGUGCAAACCCACCUCGGGGCAGGAACCGGUGUCUUAGCACCGGCUUUUGGGGCUUGUCUACCUGAAGCUGGUGUCUGCUUAUGGCGCAUUCAGACUCCUCAGCCUGGGAUCGGAGUGUCCAUCCAAAGGAAUUAAUCCAAGAUAACGACAGCGAGUAAUUAGCGAGCGGUAGUCGUGUCCAAAAUGUCUUCUGUGCGAAGCAGGUUUAAUUAACCUCUUAGGGUUUCUCACCUGUGGCAAGUUCGUUCAAACUUAGAUUUCCACCCACUUGGGAUCCAAGUGGCUACAUCUCUGACUCAUCAACACUUGUAAUUAACACGGCAAUUAUAUUCACAGUGAGACUCGGAGCAUCUUAAAUUAUCCUUCCCUUUUUUUUUCCCCCCUUCUUUUUUUUUUAAAUAUUAUUAUUAUUAUUUUGUGCAUUUCAUUUCCUUGCCACCAUCUGUUGUGAAAUGGCUGUCUUCUUGCUGUGUGCACUUAACACCACCAUCUGGACAAAUUAUUUGUCCCAUUAAUUGCAAAAAAAAAAAAAAAAAAAAAGUGUGAAGAAACGAAAUGAAAUGGUACUGCCGACCUGCCGAAUGUCUGCUACAGGAGAAGCAGCCCACUCCGAAAUCUGAAGCACGCCACCAAACUGCAUCGAGCCUGACAUUAUGAAAUGUCUGUUUAAUCGUCUAGCACACUAAUUGGUCUCUUUGCACAGCACCGAGAAAAAAAUCUCUCUCUCCUCUUCUCUCUGCGUUAUUUGAGUCUUCCCCCAUGGGGCAGGCCUGAACAGAUCUACGGCUCACACAGAGAUAAAUACAGCGGUCAGAGCAGGGAUAUUAUUGCCCUCUUCAGCCUUUCGCCACUCUGAUUGUGCUAGAAUAAAUCUGAGGUUCUGAGAGAGGCUCUUUAACGUAGGCUGGGAUGGAUGGGGACAGAUAACGGCGAGGUCUGGUGUUUGCAGCGGUGUUCGGUCCUCCUUACAUCACCAAACUCUGAGCCUCUCAGAAAAGCCAACACGUGCAUUAACUUCUCAGUACCACGGGCUUCAGGGGCAGCUUGCCAUUUCAGCUUGAGUUCCCAAAGCUCCUCUGCCCUUCAGCAGCGAUGAGGAGCCAUAAGGGAGAAUUAAGUUGGGAGGAUGGGGAUGCUUUUGAGUUGUCCCCUCUCGACAAGAGCUUGAUGCGCGGGAUCUUGUUGCUCCUCAUCGCUUUCGGGGAGCGCGGGAGCAGGCAGAGCUCGGCACAGAGACAGCUCUGGUUUUUCUCUCCCUACAGCCCUUUGGCAGCGAUGAGGAGCAAUAAAGGAGAAUUAAGUUGAGAGGAUGGGACGCUUUUGAGUUGUCCCCUCUCGACAAGAGCUUGACGCACGGGAUCCUGUUGUUCCUCAUCACUUUCGGGGAGCGUGGGAGCAGGCAGAGCUCGGCACAGAGACAGCUCUGGUUUUUCUCUCCCUACAGCCUAAACCCAGAGUGCCGCAGCCCAGCAGCCCGCCCCGAGGAGCAGGACGCAGCAGCCAGCCCCGUCUCCUGCCAGGAGUGUCCUUUCAUCCCGGAGCAAACAGUGACAUGUGGAAGGUCUGAGCCCUCUCCCACUUUCGCCGGGACACCAUGGACACUGAAGCCGUGCAGCCCCAGGAGGCUUCGCUAACGGUCAACGAGCAGGUUAUUGUCAUGUCCAGCCAUGAAACCAUCCGAGUGCUGGAGGUCGGCGUGGACACCCCGCUCUCGGCCGAGGAGGACCGGAAACCCUUGGAGAUGCCACCAGGGGAGGUAGCACGGGGCUCCCCGGCAAAGACCGGCCACCCAGGCAGAGAGGAGGUCCCACCCAGCACCCAGAGCUCAUGCAGCGGGGAGGCAGCCGGCAAAGCCAAACCGGCGGCCGGAGCAUCACCCAGCACCGUCCCCUCCGUCGGCACCUUCAGCCACGCCACGAGCCAGCAGCCGCAGACGUUGGCCCCGCUGGCCGUGCAAGCGACCCCGCAGGUCUUGACUCAGGAAAACUUAGCAACAGUUGUGACAGGAGUAAUGGUUCCAGCAGGGACAGUUACUCAACCUCUUCUUAUCCCCAUCAGUAUUGCAGGUCAAGUGGCAGGUCAGCAGGGGCUGGCUGUGUGGACAUUUCCUACAGCAACGGUCGCUGCCCUUCCCGGAUUGACGGCUGCUUCUCCUACAGGGGGAAUUUUCAAACCGCCUAUAGCCAAUUUGCAAGCCGCUGCCGUACUGAACACAGCCAUCCAAGCGCCGGUGCAGCCUGCCCAGCCGCUGCAGGCUGCGGUCCAGCCCCGGCCCCCCCUCCAGACCCCCGGCGUCUUCCCCACCGCGCCCGGCCAGCCCCCCAUCCUGCCACAGCCCGCUGCAGCACCCACGCCGCCCGUGGCCAAGCCGUUAGAGACGCAGACCCAGAUCACCGUCCAACCUGCUGGAUUUGCCUUUAACCCUGGCAUAAUCAGCGCGGCUUCUCUCGGGGGCCAAACCCAGCUCCUCGGCUCCUUGGCAGCCGCCCCUGUGAUCGCAAACACCAUCUCCAGCGUGCAGGGCAUCACAGGCCAGAUCCUGACCAACGCCCAGGGCCAGGUGAUCGGGACCCUGCCGUGGGUGGUGAACCCCCCCGGGAUGGCGGCAGCCAGCCCAGCCCCGGCCGCUCUGCCGGCCCAGAACCUGCAGGUACAGACGGUGACGCCCCAGCUGCUGCUCAAUGCCCAGGGCCAGGUCAUCGCCACGCUGGCUGGCAGUGCCAUCCAGGCGGCCGCCAUCAAGAAAACCGGCACCCCCGAGCCCCCCCCCAAGAACGAGGUCCAGCCCAUCCAGCCGGCCCCAGCUCUCUCCCAGCCGGCUGUGGUGAUGGCAAAUCCUGCCCCGGCGGCAAAGGGUUCUUCUGUGCCCGUCCCUAUCACCUGCUCGGAGACCCCCACCGUCAGCCAGCUGGUCUCCAAGCCCCCGGCUCCCAACAGCAGCGCGGAGGAGGACGGGAUUAACCUGGAGGAGAUCCGGGAAUUCGCCAAGAACUUCAAGAUCCGACGUUUGUCCCUCGGCCUGACGCAGACGCAGGUGGGACAGGCCCUGACGGCCACCGAGGGACCGGCCUACAGCCAGUCGGCCAUCUGCAGGUUCGAGAAGCUGGACAUCACCCCCAAGAGCGCCCAGAAGCUGAAACCCGUGCUGGAGAAGUGGUUGAGCGAAGCCGAGCUCCGUAACCAAGAGGGGCAACAAAACCUGAUGGAAUUCGUCGGGGGGGAACCCUCCAAAAAACGGAAGCGCCGUACCUCCUUCACCCCCCAAGCCAUCGAGGCUCUCAACGCCUACUUCGAGAAGAACGCCUUGCCCACCGGCCAGGAGAUCACCGAGAUCGCCAAGGAGCUCAACUACGACCGCGAAGUCGUCCGCGUCUGGUUCUGCAACCGCCGGCAGACCCUCAAAAACACCAGUAAACUCAACGUCUUUCAGAUCCCCUAAAUAGGGGACGGGGACGGGGACGUCCCCCCACCCCGUUGCCCACCCCGACCUCCUGCCAUCAGCACUUUUGCCACCGACUUUGUCCCCCAGCCCCGUGGUGGGUGCUGGGGUCUCCACCACCCCACCGUGCCCGUAGGUGUGUCCGUGUGUCCGUCCCCCUUUCCUCCACAUCACACAUGACCUAAGCGUGUUCGCGUCAGGUGUCACGCCUGCCUCAUGCCUCCUCUUGCCUGUAAUGUGCGUGGUGACGGACCCCCUGCCUGCACGCACCGCCUCUCCUGGCCCCCCCAAGUGUCGUCGUCGUCCCCCAAAAAAGGAGUGAUUUUCAUUUUUUGGCCGUUUUCCUGUGUUUCCGAGGUAGUGUCACGGCUUGCUAGGGGUAAGCCCCAAUUUAAUUUCACCCCCCCUUUGAUUUCAGCGGUCCCCCACCUCGUGCCCACCAGUGCGAGGGGCUUCUCGAUGCGACCCCCCCACCGUGGGGACAUCGCCGUGGGUGAUGGUUGAGGACUUCACUGGGCUUCCCACCGCCCCAAGAGGGUUUUGGGGGGGUGAACCCCAUAACGGAGGCAGCACUCCCUUCCCUGCCUCCCCCCAUGCCGAGCCCGGGGGCCAGGCAGGUUGGGGGGCUCCAUCCCUCGACCUCUCUCGCCUGGGGAGCGAUGGGGAGAGGCGACGGCUGGAGGGGGGGGAGUUUGGGGGGGGACAGGGAGGGGACGCUGGGUCGCCCCGCCAGGGACGCGGCAGACUGAUGCACUUGAUGUAGUGGUGUGAAAUAAACAGUAUUUUUCUUUUUU